UUGAUGAGCCUCGACACCUCGUCAGGCUCUCUGCUCCGAAAGCGAGAGAAAUCUCGAUUUUUUCGAAGUAAUCAGGACAAGGAUUACUGAUUUUGUUCGAUUCUUGUUAUCACGGCAGAAUUACAAACUUUUUGGUUUGUGAUUUGGACUUUUUGGCCUUGUAUAGAUUCAGAUUUCAAGUCUCGAUCGAAUUCAAACCUCGUUGAAGCAAAAUGGAGGCCGAGGCGUCUGUCAUGUUUCAAGGUGUGGCGAAACAGUCUGCCGCAUUCCGACUGAUGCAACAAAUGGGUUGGGAAGAAGGUAAUGGACUUGGAAAGGAUCUGCAGGGCAUGAAGUCUCAUAUCCGAGUCUCGAAGAAAUCAGAUACUUCAGGUAUCGGUCUUGAUGCUAAGGCCAAGGCGCAGGCUAAUUGGGCGCUGAAUACUCAUGCUUAUGACUCAAUAUUGAAAAACUUGAAAGUGCAGGUUGCCGUAACAGCAACCGAGGAUGGUGGAGAUUCGAGCAGUAGUGACGAAGACAACGAUGACCCCAAGAAGGAUGAAGUUGUCGAGGAAACAAAAGUCAGGAAGGUGGCACGCCCCCAAGGGAGAUACAAGAAAAGGGAGCAGGGGAAGAUGGUUGGUGCUUACUCGUCAACCGAUCUUGCAGCAAUUUUGGGUGCCGUGGUUGGAAAGACUGCAACAGAUCCAAUGUCCAAGGAACUUACAAGUUUAGACGUUGCGAAAGGCAGUGGUGUUGUUUCCGCUGCAGAGAAAGAUACACUAGUAAUCACAGAGCCCAAAAAAGUCACGAAGAAACGCGUCAAGAGGAAAAUUGAAGAGAAGGAUGUAGACUCCAGCAACAAGGAGAACGAAUCCGAGGUGAGUGCUGAGAUACCAUUGCCACCCUUGCCAGCCGAUUGGUGGGGUAACAAGUAUGGGUUUGUUCGGGCUGGACACCUGGGUGCUCAACGAGAUCCCCCGAAAGUAAGGACGGGAGACGAGAAUGCUACUGCGACGAGCAGGGAUCCGUCGAUGAGAACUGCAUUCCGUGAGCAAGAUCAGGAAGACUUGUACAACCUCGUUCAAGACAAGGCUACCACUGGUAAGAAAGGAUUAGGACGUGGAGAUCAACCUAAGAAGGUUGGUGGUGCUCACUGGAAGGGCCAGAAGAAGGCAUUUGACUCCAGCAGCGAGGAUGAGGAUGAGGACGAGGUUGAAGAAGAAGAAGAAGAGGAGGAGGAAAGUGAAGUGGAUCAGGGUACUUCUAGUGUAGAUGAGGAUGGUGAGGGGAACUUGAAGAAAAGGAAAUACGGUAAUGUUAGUGCGUGUGAUAGAGACAAUGCUGACGCACAGGAAAAUGUGGCGGUGAUCAAGGCAACAAAGAAGCAGAAAGCGGAUACUGAGAAUAAAGAUGUAUCUGAUAUUGUCCAUUUGAUAGCCGAAACGCCCAAUGAAGAGAAGUUAGAGAUUAUCCCCAGUUGGAGAAAACUUUGCAAGCAGGUCCUUACUGAGUCUCCGUUACAAACACUAUCUUUCAAGCGACUACAGAAGCGGGUCGUCGCCGCCGGUUUAUUUUCUGAGGAAGCCCAAACUUCGUUAGAGGACAAAAUGGCUCACCUUAAGCAGAAGUUGGAGAAAAGCUCAAAGUUCGUGGUCGAUGGGAAGAUGGUGUCGCUGGCGACAACUAAAGUAGGAGCUUAAAAACGUCGGAAAUAUUCUUUCGCUCGUUCAUUCCCUAUCAACUCUCAAAUACGUCUUUCUCACUCGCUGCCAAUUGUUUCAAGUUUCCUUCCUUGCUGUAGGUUUGUAGCGUAAUAGAGAAGUUGAGGCUCAUGGAGUCCACAAAACAUGUGAGGUUAGGUUCUUAUGUUUUCUGUGGACAUCGGCUUCGACACCUGAAUUCAGGUGUGAUUUUGAAUAUAGCAGAUUUAGUAUUCUUAGGUUCCUCGUGAUACCGCAGUUUCGUUGUAACCUGAUCUUGUCCGUAACCGGACCUUGUCCCAGUGUCUGCAAUCAGACCUACUGUAGUCUAUUUACAAAGAUGCCACAAAGUGAAGCUCAUGAUGGCCGCGAAUAAAAGAAUGGUCUUACACCG